AUGUCUACAUUAUUUAAAAAACCACUUACGCGUUCACUGCUGCUACUCGCAGUAUUCGGGAUGUGCGCUUGCGCGGCCCAAAGUUAUUAUUCCUCCUCUUCCUAUGCGGCCCGUCGACCAACUCCAUAUCGCGCAAAUCCUUACCGCCGCGUCGGGUCUUCUACCUAUCGCGACUACAAUCGCGAGUAUUAUGAAGCGUUGCGACAAAGGCGCUUGCGUGCACUUGCCGACAGCUAUAAAGGCAUCUACAAUAGAGUUAGCACCAGCAGCAACAACGGCGGAAGCACCCAAGCGCAGCGCCUCUACUCCACCUCACGGUUGCCCGCUGCCGCAGCUGCUAUAAGCGCUGUCAGCAAUGAUGGCAGCAGCAGCACAACCACCACUAGUAUUUAUGCCAGCAGCAACAAUAAUCCAAAAAAUGACUAUUACACAUCUAAUAAUAGUCUUACGGGUAGCAGCAUCUCCGUUACCUCUGCGAACAAGCAGCAAGAUGCUACUGCCAUCACAAGCAAGCAACGCAUCAGCAAAGCUGAUCAGGAGAAUGCAAAAUUUGCAGGCCUUAGGAAUCAGGAAGCCGAUGAGGAAUCAUCGAAAACCGUAUCAAAACUAAAACUUAAUAAGUUCCGUCGUUGUUUUCCUUUUGGGCGUGAUGCACAAGGUGACGAAGUGACACCACCACCAGAGGAACAAGGCCGCAUACUUUGGGACUUGAAUAUUUAUAAUAUUUAUUCGGGAGGCGGCUAUGCACCGCCACCUUAUGGUGGUGGUUGUGGCGGCUUAGGUGGAGGCCUGGCUAGCGCUUUUGCUGGUGCUGGCGGUUUGGGCGGACUUGGGGGACUUGGUGGUUUUGGCGGACUUGGCGGUGGCGGCCUGCUCUCUGAUCCCAUUGCAGCCGCCUAUGCCCCACCCAACAGGUUGAAUAAUUUUCUGCAGUUAUUUGCCCCUGGUAUAUUACAAAAUGCUUUAGCGGCGACGGCACGCCCAUCGCUAUUAAGGCCUCAAGCCGAUACAAGCGCCAGUGAGGCAAACGAUUUGGCUAAUGAUCCUGAGGUAGAUCCUGAAUAUAAUGCGAUAGCAGCCAGACCGCCACCCGUGAGAAGACCCAAUCGAGUUUAUUACGAUUCAGCAGGAGCGGCUCCUAUAACACCUGCUCAAUUGGUGGGAGGUGUAGCCACCACUGUUAACGGCAUCAUACAACAGCUGACUGGCAAUGUUCUACCUGUUUAUCCUAGCUACAGAUCACAAAGUUACGGAAAAUGA